AUGGCAUUCUGCAACCCAACUGUAUUGGAAUCCCUCCCCUGCUUGUUCUUCACUUUGCUCCUUGCUUCAUCGAAUUCCAUCAGCACUGGCACCAGUAUUGCUGCUGUAGACCAAGCUGAUGCUCUCAUCAAAUGGAAAGCUACUCUCAACAAUCAAAGCCAGUCUGUUCUCCAAUCAUGGAUACUACUUGAUCUUAAUGCUACCAAUUCCUCUCUGCGAUCUGAACCAUGCAGUAAUUGGGUUGGAAUUUCUUGCAACCAAAGGGGAAGCAUCAAUGAAAUUAACUUACCUAGUAUGGGCUUGCAAGGUAUGGUUAAUAACUUCCCCUUUCCCUCAUUUCCUGAUCUUACACGUCUGGAUCUCACUAAUAAUACAUUUUUUGGUAGUGUUCCAUCCAACAUUGCUAACCUUUCGGUUAUCAACUACCUUGAUCUGUCUGUGAAUCAGCUCUCAGGAAUAGUUCCAUCUGAAAUCUGCUUACUUACCAGUCUUAAAAAGUUGUAUCUUGAUCAGAAUCAUUUCAAUGGAUCAAUACCUUAUGGAAUGGGAAGAUUGAAAAAUCUUACUGUUCUGACAAUGUAUUCCAACAACCUCUUUGGUUUCAUACCUGCAUCUCUUGCUUUCAGGUACCAUUCCUCAGGAAAUAGGAAAUUUGACAAAGCUCAAUUCUUUGAGCCUAGAAAGUAA